AUCUAUUAUACGAACAAGUUCAGGCAUCCAUGUUUGUUUUUAUAAUGAGACCAUUUACUCCAUUUUCUUUCAUUUAAUUGUAUGUUCCCUCAUAACUUAAAUGCAGCUUGCUCCAUGAUUUGAAUUUUCCCUAUAAAUUAUUAAAGUCAGUCUCUCUAUAGUGCAAAAUAUAUCCACCAUAACAUUUUCCAUUUGUCUAUUAUUUACCUCUAAAACAUGGUUUCUUAAAACAAUUCAGUAGAUUGCGAUUCACUGUUGGCCUUGAGUGUAACACACUGCUGAAAUAACAUUUGUAUUACUUUACACACACCAUUCAAUGUCAACCAUUAAAUGCUUUAAUAACAUUGUACAAGUGAAAGUAAACUGAACUUCAGUGAUGUGAACAUCCUUUCAUGGCCUGACCCUGUUAGUCUUUUCAUUCAGAAGUACAUCUGCCUUGACUGUGAGCUCCGGCUGAGCGCUCUCUGCUGGCAUGCCAGUAAAGGGCGCCCCCCGAGGAAGGUAUUUGAAGUGCAGGGACUCCUCCCCUCCCUCUGCAGAGUUGGGAGCUCUCCCCUUCUGCGGCCAGCUCGCCUUGACAGCCAAAACUGGCGCAGAGUCUCAGCCCAAACCUUUACCAUAUUUUUCUGGCAUUUAACGAGAAUUCAUAGCCAUACUCUUCACACAUCCUCUUCCGGAAACAAGCGUUGGAGCGGCCUCGUCUAGAAUGGGGAACCGAGACGAUGAAUACGAUUUCUUGUUCAAAGUUGUGUUAAUUGGGGACUCGGGCGUAGGGAAGAGCAACCUGCUCUCUCGAUUCACAAGAAAUGAGUUCAACCUAGAGAGUAAGAGCACUAUUGGGGUGGAGUUCGCCACACGCAGCAUUCAGGUGGACGGCAAGACGAUAAAGGCUCAGAUCUGGGACACAGCAGGACAGGAGCGCUACAGAGCCAUCACCUCGGCAUACUACAGAGGAGCGGUGGGGGCGCUCUUAGUGUAUGACAUAGCCAAACACCUGACCUACGAGAAUGUUGAGCGCUGGCUGAAGGAGCUGAGGGACCACGCCGACAACAACAUCGUCAUCAUGCUGGUUGGCAACAAAAGCGACCUGCGCCACCUCAGGGCCGUGCCCACAGAUGAGGCCCGGGCCUUCGCAGAGAAGAACAAUCUGUCAUUCAUAGAAACUUCAGCCUUGGACUCAACAAACGUUGAAGAAGCCUUCAAGAAUAUCCUCACAGAAAUCUACCGCAUCGUCUCGCAGAAACAGAUUGCUGAGCGGUCUGCCCAUGACGAGUCCCCAGGAAACAAUGUGGUGGACAUCAGUGUGCCACCCACCACGGACGGCCAGAGGGGGAGCAAACUGCAGUGCUGUCAGAACCUGUAACCCAUGGCAACCGUCCCUCCUCACCUGGGUCGAUUAUUAAUUGAAAUCCACAGGGUUGGUGUGCUUCCAUCCGCCUGGGGUGCAAUAUUGGCUGAAUCUGCACUUUUUUGAUCAGUGCCACAAACGAUCAAUCCCAGUAAGAGGUGUUUGAAUUGAUUUCAAAUUAUAAUCUGACCCAGGUACAAUCUGCUAUAUCCUGCAAAAAACAGGACUGAUGGUACCACGUAAGUAGCUACCAGUUACCCAUGAUAGUGUAGCACAAUAGCUUUGCCUGAGACCUUGUAAGCCUAGACAUCUCCCUGGUUAUUGCCACAUGUUGGAGGACUGGGUUUGAAUCCUGCCUGUUUCAGUCGUACCAGCAGUCCUGUUUUUGGGCUUUCCUCCCUCUCGUUCAGUCAUCAUCUCAAAAGUGGUUGUGACGCUGCUGAUGCUUAUUUCAUUUUUGUGUAAAAUAUAUUCUUUUUUGUUUUGUUUUGAUUUUGAUAGCUUGUCUGCUCACAUACAUUAUAUUAAUGCCAUGAAAUUAAAUUUUACAAUAUUA